AUGAGUACCACAGACCCCAAGAAGAAGAUCGAAAAGUCAAAGCACAUCGCUGCGGCAUACACCGUGUCUAAUUUACUCCGUUCAGAAGAGCACAUCGACCGCACCUUUGAGUCUUUCCUCGAAUGGAUGAACAAAUAUGCAACAGACAAGAAACCAAUGGACCUCAAUACCUUCAUCUCAUACGCAACCUUUGACGUCAUUGGUGAAGUCGUCUUCUCGAAGUCUUUCGGCUUCCUUGACCAAGGCAAAGACAUCGGCAACUCAAUCGAGAAUUCCCUUGCUCUGAAUGCAUACGUUGCAGUAGCGGGCUACUUCCGCUGGAUCAACAUUGCGCUGCUGGCCAACCCAAUCAUGACCUGGCUCUCCAUACUACCAAUGGGUCAUUUAUUCGACACCGUUAAAACCGUAUUGGCGGAAAGGGAAAAGAAUGAAAACGCCCGUUAUGAUGCUGUUCAAUACUGGUUCAAGCAACAUGAGCGACAUCCGGAUAAAUUCACCAUACGGGAGAUCAAUACCCAGGCACUUGCUGCCGUAGGAGCAGGAUCUGAUACCGUUGCUGCAGGAAUACAGUCGUUUGUCUAUCAUAUGAUUCGUCACGCUGACGCAUGGGAGCGUGCUCAUGACGAGGUUGCUGAAGCAGUCAAAAAGGGUUUUGUGCAAGCCUGUGUGAAAGAGGCUCUUCGAGUCUUUGGUCCUGUACCUAUGGGUCUUCCACGUAUUGCGCCCAAGGGAGGGUUGACUAUUGGCCAUCGUACUAUACCUGAGGGAACCAUUAUCUCAAUCAACCCAUGGGUUAUACAUUAUUCAAAGGAGAUAUGGGGUGCCGAUGCGCAUGUUUUCAGACCAGAGCGGUGGUUGGAAGAAGACAGUGGUACAAGGGAAAAGUUUUGGAUGCCUUUUGGAGCAGGUUACGGUGGUUGUCCAGGACAAAACAUUGCCAAGAUUGAGCUCGCCAAGAUUGCGGCGACGUUGGUAAGGGAUUACAAUAUCAAACAGGUGGACUCGACGCAAAACUGGCAGUGGAAAGCUUACUUUACGGUUGUUCCGCAUUCAUGGCCAGUGUAUAUCGAGAAGAGAAGGUGA